GUGCAAUAUCAGCCACUGUCAAGCGGUAGCAUUACUGAGCAAGCAAGCCAAGAUGUUGAACAGGUUGGUCUUCAUAGCUGUGGUGAGUGUGGCGUGCGCGGCCUCCGUAGAGAAGCGCCAGGGCCCCGUAGCUCAGGCCCGGGACACCGGUUCCUCCUCCUCGUACGCAGCCCCAGCACCAGCCCCAGCCCCAACUUACGACGAGGGCUCGCAAGGUAACCUCUACUACUACUACUACCCCGUCUCUGAGUACGGCUCCGCUGAGACCUCCGACGCCGACUUCGGCCUCUUCACUGCCAUCAUCCUGCCGCUGUUGAUCUUGGGCGGAGUCCUCCUCCUGCUCUCGUCUCUCACCUUCACACUCACCACCCAGAGAGCCCUCUCCGACGCACCCCAAGAGCCUGACUUCAUGGCUCAACUCCAUGACGAGAUCGAGCGCGUCUUCUACAUCUAUCUCAACGCCUUCGAGAGCGAACAGUGUCUCCAGAGGACGAUCUGCGAGAUGGGCGCCUACUCCAAGGACUUCAAGGGCAAGGACAUGGUUCUCGGCCUGGUUGAGCCCCUGGUCCCAGAGGGUAUGAAGGGCAACUUAGCCAUCUUCAAGAAGGCUGCCCAGUCUGGCUACGAAACCGGAAAGUGCAAGAAGUUUAGGUGUGUCGCUCCGAAGCUCCUCUAAAGCCACUUAAAGACAACGGAUGAACCCGGCAGAUUGACGAACAAAAUGGAACUUAGUUAAUCGACUUUCAUAAGAGACAAUUUGAAAUACAGGUUGCCGUAUUCAGGUCAUUUUUGUGCGUUGAAUAUGGUACUCUGUGUGUGAAUAUUUUGUAAGUUCCUUAUAUGGAACACCAUCUGCUAAAGACUCAAUAAUAUUGAGACUGUCGCUACCUGCUGCUGGCCAGCACUGGUGUACAGCAUUGCAACAUGAAUUACUAACAUUUUUUAUUUAUUUUUUGUACUGUUAUGAAUGAUAUUUAUUGUUUUUGUAUGUCCGAGUGGCCAGUCCUAAGGAGUUAUCACUACUAAUUAUUCAUUUCUCAGGGUUCUCUAUAGUUUGCCACACAUUUCACCGAAAUUAAAUGCACUUGUUGCAAUAAACAAAUCACUCAUUUCUCCGAUCAUUCCGUAGAUUGCACGCAUUUCCCACACCCUUUAAAACAUCUUUCUGUUUAUCACAGCAACAGGCCCGACUCCCCGGAUACGAGAGCACCUCCCAACCUUCUCUCUCGAGUGCCAUGAUUCACUUUACCAAUUUGCUAAUUUUUACUUGAUAUCUCUCUCCCAGUCUCCGCGUUUAUUUGUCUUUUACUAAUAACUCUCUGUGAUUCCUUGAUAUAUGGCGAGAUUCCAAGUUUACAGAUGAGGCUGAAAUAAUAGUUUAACUGGCUAGAAAAUUGUCAGUUGGUUAAGAAUGAUAAGUAGAGGGACGGUAUGGUUUCAUGCAGGGUCGCGUUCAAUCCCCGAUCGUCCAAGUGGUUGAGUACCAUUUCUGAUGUUAUCUAAACUCAUAUCUUGUCUUCUUAUACUCAUACCUCAGCUCCUUAUCCUCAUACUUCUUCCACAUGCUAUAGUGUCAUACUGGCUAAGCGCUUUCCGCCUCAUAAUUACCUUACAUUAUCUGACUAAAUAUUUUUACACGUUACAAGACGAUGAGAUUUGUAUGCUGCAAAGUCUGAGCUCAACUUGGAAAGUGUAUAGUGUAGUCAUGUAGUUUGUCGCUUCCACGUCACAGCUCACAUAUGUACAUAGUUACAUAUCCUAAGUCUUUCACCCAUACUUUUAUAUUUACCCAUACUUUUAUAUUUUCGUCUUCACUAUUGUGUUCAAAUAAUCAAACAUCUCACAUUCAAUGGUUAUUUUUUAUAUCACUGCACCAAUGAUGAUUUUAAGCGUUCUACAUUUUAAUGUACGAAGAAAUAUACAUUUCUUGUAUUUUUAGCAGUAUUAUCUUGGGAAAUUACAAAAUAACAUAUCUUCCGUGUUUAACAUCGCUUUGUAAAUAAAAUGGCCUUCCCAAUGUA